ACAGCAUGUUCUUUGGCGGUGUCAACAUUGCAAGAUAUUUAUUGUCUGUGGCAGGUGGCUGGUCAAAGCGCAUAUUCGAGGGAUGUGACGACGCGCGUGACGUCACACGUCCACCUUGCGCCCACCUGUGGUAUUUAUUGACGGUUGACAACGAUAUAAACAGACGCGACGAUUCGGGAUCGACAAUUUCAAGCACAUACCUUUUAACUUCCAACACCCAUUUCACAACAUCUCCCGUUCUAUAACUAUGGCUGGAAGAAAACGAGCUGCUGAAGAAUCUGCCACCGACAAGCGCGAGACACGUAGUGCCAAGGUGCCCAGAACAGAGGCUCGAAAGGGCGCCAAGGGCGCCGGCAAGAAGGGUGCAGCUCGAUUGAAGACGGGGAUGGGUGCCACUGCGUUCAAGUCGCGGGCGCAAUCCUUACAUGUCAACAUUUCACACACUAGGCCUCCCACUGACGUCGAGCCGACGGAUCCUGGGUUCUUGGAGGCUAUUGAACUCGUUUCGUCUAGCUUUUCUACUGGGAGCUUCGGAUGGAAAGGGAGCAAGCGCAUGACUGUGGAUUUGCCCAAGUUGGAAGGAGAGGAGGAAGGAGAGAAAGUACAUGUCAUGCUAACAAUCAACGCCACUGUCAUUGGCAGCAAAGAUGUCAAGGAUGAGGUUGAAGGGGCAGAGGAGGGUGAGAAAGCGGAAGAGAAAAUGGAAGAGAAAGAAGCAGAGGGGGAGGAUGAUCCUACACAAGAAGGACCUGCUCCUCCUGCAGAAGAAGCCGAGGGAACAGAAAAGGAGUCUUUAACAUGAGCUGUAUUUUAUUUGCGCGUUAACAAAGGGCUUGUUCUUGUUUUAUCAGAGAUCGACUAUCUACUAUCUAGUAUCAAGGUACUGUACAUGAUUGAAUUGAUGUAUGCUUUUUUUUCUCAUGUCA